AUGGCCACUGAGGGCAAUGGGAAAGGGCAAGAUGCCACUGAGCGUACUGGCUUGUUGAAUUCUGGUUCCGGAAACAACUACUCUGGUGAACAACAACAGCGCACAUUGACAGCUGUAGUUGACAUUGAAGCGGGUGCUCAGGUUGUCACCAACAACAAUGAAGACCAACCUCGAGUGCCUGCUGAUCUCCUUGUCAAGACCGUGCGUAAGACCAUUCGUCAACAUAACAAGGCCAAGUUGUACAUUGAACAGCAAAAGGAAUUGGCUGCACGUCGUGAAGCCGCUCAAGCAUCACAACCACCUCCACCACCACAGCCACAGCCACAGCCCCAAGAUAGUGAUAGCUCAUCGGAUGAUAGUGAUGAAGAAAGCGUGUUUGGUACAAGAAGACGUAAGCGUGACAUUAUUGGCUCUGCAUUGAGAGCUGCCACGGAUCAAUGGAAGGUGGAACAUGGAUGGGGAAGCAGUGCAAGUCUUUUCCACCACAAUCACAAGGACAAGAAUCAUCAUCAUCACCUCUUUCACCAUCAUCACGAAAAUCAGGGGGGAUCAAGUAGCAGUCUCAAAAAACAACCUACCACGGAACAACCUUCCGAAGUGGAUCCUGUACCUUCACAGCAGCAGCCACCACCACCAGCACCUAUCGUUAUCCCCACCCUUCCACCUCUUGAGCAUGACAUUUGGAAUAUCGCUCGUGCUGGUUCUGUAUGUGCAUUGUUGGCUUUGUCAAAGUCCAAGGAAACCAAUGGAAGCUGGGAAAAGCUUGCACUCUCUACUAUGGAAUAUGGUCUCAAGGCAUCUGCAAGUUCACAACCCCUACUUUUACGUGAAUUCUUGGUUCGCCCAUGGGUAGAUGGCCGUUCUGCCAUUGAAUGGGCUGUUGUUAAUGAUUGCCAGCACUUUUUAGCCGACACAAAGGUGCAAUCCAUCAAUGAGGAUUGCUGGUUGUCGCGUGGUGUAUGUGAAGAUUGGAAGCAAGUUCCAUACCAUCCAUGCAGCGUGUGGAAGCAAUUCAAUUGCCCAAAUGCUCUUCGCCCUGUUGCAUCAUACUUGGCACGUUGGGCCACUCCACGUUAUCAAGCUAGAGCUGGUCUUCUUGUCGGCCUUGCUUACUUGGGUCUUCAUCUUGCUACCCUUGCCAAUGAGGAUUACUGGAACAGCGGCCUACAUCCAUUCGAGUAUGCUUACUAUGUCUUUGUCUGCUCCGAUGUAUUACUUGAACUUGGCACAUUGAUCCUGCAUCCUAUCAAAUCAGUGCACCAUCCAUCCACGUAUUUGUCAUUGACAACAGCUGGUUUCCUUACGGCAGCAUUUGUGUUGCGUCUCGUUGGUUUGGCGAAUGACUCUGAUUUGGAGAAAGCGGACACGCUCAUUGCAUACUCAUACAUGUUCCUUGUAUGGGCAACUCCUCUCAUGAUCUUCCGACUUGUGUUAUGGCAAGAUAAUUUAUGCUGGUCCGUAUACAAGGCUCGUCACCUUGUUAGUCGAUGUGUGGUCGAUGCAUUAUGGGUGUUUGGUGUUGCCAUCGUGACGCUAUUGGCCUUUUGGUUGGGACUUGCAGCUCUUCAACACAAUGAUAUGGAUUGCUUGACAUUGUUACGCCAUCUUGCCCUUGGAGCAUUACAUGCACCUGCUAUUCCUGAUACACUUUAUUAUCAACCACAAGCUGCUGGUGUCAUGGUAUUCUUUUAUCUCGCAGCCAUGUUACUCAUUCUCGGUGCCUUGCUUACGGGUUCGUUCCUGACGACGCUCAUCACGCUUUAUCCACGUCUUGGUGCCAUCCAACGCACAUUUGCUGCUGAGCGUGCCAUUAUCAAACGUCCCGGCUAUGGCAUGUUCAUACCCACCGUUGCUAUUGAUCUUGUGGUUGGCUUUGCAGGCUGGAUCUUUACAGGAUUAUUCAAGAUGAAAAAAGAUGAGUCAAUCACAUUGCUUUGGCUUGAACGCAUCCGUCAGGUAUUAUGGAUCAUCAUCUUCUUGCCAGUGAUUUUGCUGGUGGGUAUUAUCGAAUUGGUGUGCUUUGGCUAUUGUAAAGCUCGUGAUGCAUUGUCAGGUUACAUCCACUUAAAGUAG